AUGCGGCUGCCGACGCUGCAGAAGGUGACCGGUUGGCGCCGCUCCGACUGCAGCGCUUCCAACGGCGAUCAGCGCUCGCAGCGGUUCCGCCUGGAGGGCUCGCUUUACUCAAACUCGGGGUUCACCACGAUCUGCAGCGCGGACAAGAUGAACGACCACACCGCGUACGCGUCGUGCACGGGCGCCGAGGUGCAGUACGUGCGGCUGGUCAAGGUUGCCGGCGGCAGUGGGCCAUGGAACUGCCCGAUCGAGCUCGAGGGCGACGUUGUGAUCGAGACGAUCCAGCUCGACACGGCGGACGUCGCGGGCAUGUCGGUGGGCGACUUCACCGCCACGGCGCUCGCCUCCGCCGGCGUCGACGACGCCACCUUCGAGCUCACCCAGACGGACGACGUCCUCGUCACCGCCGGGGUUGGGGAGGUGGCGUCGGCCGAGGCGCUGCUCGCGGACGUGCAGGCGCUGCUCGGCGACGCGGAGGGAGCGGUCAGCGUCGCGGGCCUUGAGGAGCUGUUUGUCGACCCGGACGAGGGCGGCGCUGGCGGCCAGGCCGCGCCGUACGAGCAGUCCCCGCAGUGCCCGCUCACCUUCGCGCCCGCCAACGCGUCCCUCGACCACGACGACCACCAGCCGGCCAGCCGCCGCCGGCUGCGGCACCAGCACUUUUGCCGGUCGGGCGCGUGGCAGGUCAGCUCGCCGUAUGGCUCAGAGACGGUGGCGGACCCGUGCCGCAACGCCUUCCUCGUCCGCGUCGUGCGCACCCUCUGCCACGCCCGCCUGGCCAACGGGAAGUGGGACGAGAGGUGCCGCUCGCGCAAGCUCGGCCCCGGCCGCCGCCUGAGCGAGGUGGACACCUCGGGCGGCCUGCAGCCCAUCGAUGUCGCCGCGCUGCCGGGCGUGGCGGCGGAGGUGAUGUGCUCGCGCCUCGAGGUGCAUCUGACGACGGUGGCGGAGGAGGAGGGUGGCGGCGGGGGGAAGGAAGGUGAGGGCGGCGGAGAUGGCGCGCUGGUCGACCCCCUCGCCGGGACGGGCGAGCGGCUCGCGGGCGCCUUGCUGCAGGCCAACCUCACGAUCCGCAUCGAGUCGAGCACAGGCCCCACCACGCUCCAGCUCGACACGGCGGACGUCGCGGGCAUGUCGGUGGGCGACUUCACCGCCACGGCGCUCGCCUCCGCCGGCGUCGACGACGCCACCUUCGAGCUCACCCAGACGGACGACGUCCUCGUCACCGCCGGGGUUGGGGAGGUGGCGUCGGCCGAGGCGCUGCUCGCGGACGUGCAGGCGCUGCUCGGCGACGCGGAGGGAGUGGUCAGCGUCGCGGGCCUCGAGGAGCUGUUUGUCGACCCGGACGAGGGCGGCGCUGGCGGCCAGGCCGCGCCGUACGAGCAGUCCCCGCAGUGCCCGCUCACCUUCGCGCCCGCCAACGCGUCCCUCGACCACGACGACCACCAGCCGGGGGCAACCAAAACGGGCCGCCGCCGGCUGCGGCACCAGCACUUUUGCCGGUCGGGCGCGUGGCAGGUGGACACCUCGGGCGGCCUGCAGCCCAUCGAUGUCGCCGCGCUGCCGGGCGUGGCGGCGGAGGUGAUGUGCUCGCGCCUCGAGGUGCAUCUGACGACGGUGGCGGAGGAGGAGGGUGGCGGCGGGGGGAAGGAAGGUGAGGGCGGCGGAGAUGGCGCGCUGGUCGACCCCCUCGCCGGGACGGGCGAGCGGCUCGCGGGCGCCUUGCUGCAGGCCAACCUCACGAUCCGCAUCGAGUCGAGCACAGGCCCCACCACGCUCCAGCUCGACACGGCGGACGUCGCGGGCAUGUCGGUGGGCGACUUCACCGCCACGGCGCUCGCCUCCGCCGGCGUCGACGACGCCACCUUCGAGCUCACCCAGACGGACGACGUCCUCGUCACCGCCGGGGUUGGGGAGGUGGCGUCGGCCGAGGCGCUGCUCGCGGACGUGCAGGCGCUGCUCGGCGACGCGGAGGGAGUGGUCAGCGUCGCGGGCCUCGAGGAGCUGUUUGUCGACCCGGACGAGGGCGGCGCUGGCGGCCAGGCCGCGCCGUACGAGCAGUCCCCGCAGUGCCCGCUCACCUUCGCGCCCGCCAACGCGUCCCUCGACCACGACGACCACCAGCCGGCCAGCCGCCGCCGGCUGCGGCACCAGCACUUUUGCCGGUCGGGCGCGUGGCAGGUCAGCUCGCCGUAUGGCUCAGAGACGGUGGCGGACCCGUGCCGCAACGCCUUCCUCGUCCGCGUCGUGCGCACCCUCUGCCACGCCCGCCUGGCCAACGGGAAGUGGGACGAGAGGUGCCGCUCGCGCAAGCUCGGCCCCGGCCGCCGCCUGAGCGAGGUGGACACCUCGGGCGGCCUGCAGCCCAUCGAUGUCGCCGCGCUGCCGGGCGUGGCGGCGGAGGUGAUGUGCUCGCGCCUCGAGGUGCAUCUGACGACGGUGGCGGAGGAGGAGGGUGGCGGCGGGGGGAAGGAGGGUGAGGGCGGCGGAGAUGGCGCGCUGGUCGACCCCCUCGCCGGGACGGGCGAGCGGCUCGCGGGCGCCUUGCUGCAGGCCAACCUCACGAUCCGCAUCGAGUCGAGCACAGGCCCCACCACGCUCCAGCUCGACACGGCGGACGUCGCGGGCAUGUCGGUGGGCGACUUCACCGCCACGGCGCUCGCCUCCGCCGGCGUCGACGACGCCACCUUCGAGCUCACCCAGACGGACGACGUCCUCGUCACCGCCGGGGUUGGGGAGGUGGCGUCGGCCGAGGCGCUGCUCGCGGACGUGCAGGCGCUGCUCGGCGACGCGGAGGGAGUGGUCAGCGUCGCGGGCCUCGAGGAGCUGUUUGUCGACCCGGACGAGGGCGGCGCUGGCGGCCAGGCCGCGCCGUACGAGCAGUCCCCGCAGUGCCCGCUCACCUUCGCGCCCGCCAACGCGUCCCUCGACCACGACGACCACCAGCCGGCCAGCCGCCGCCGGCUGCGGCACCAGCACUUUUGCCGGUCGGGCGCGUGGCAGGUCAGCUCGCCGUAUGGCUCAGAGACGGUGGCGGACCCGUGCCGCAACGCCUUCCUCGUCCGCGUCGUGCGCACCCUCUGCCACGCCCGCCUGGCCAACGGGAAGUGGGACGAGAGGUGCCGCUCGCGCAAGCUCGGCCCCGGCCGCCGCCUGAGCGAGGUGGACACCUCGGGCGGCCUGCAGCCCAUCGAUGUCGCCGCGCUGCCGGGCGUGGCGGCGGAGGUGAUGUGCUCGCGCCUCGAGGUGCAUCUGACGACGGUGGCGGAGGAGGAGGGUGGCGGCGGGGGGAAGGAAGGUGAGGGCGGCGGAGAUGGCGCGCUGGUCGACCCCCUCGCCGGGACGGGCGAGCGGCUCGCGGGCGCCUUGCUGCAGGCCAACCUCACGAUCCGCAUCGAGUCGAGCACAGGCCCCACCACGCUCCAGCUCGACACGGCGGACGUCGCGGGCAUGUCGGUGGGCGACUUCACCGCCACGGCGCUCGCCUCCGCCGGCGUCGACGACGCCACCUUCGAGCUCACCCAGACGGACGACGUCCUCGUCACCGCCGGGGUUGGGGAGGUGGCGUCGGCCGAGGCGCUGCUCGCGGACGUGCAGGCGCUGCUCGGCGACGCGGAGGGAGUGGUCAGCGUCGCGGGCCUCGAGGAGCUGUUUGUCGACCCGGACGAGGGCGGCGCUGGCGGCCAGGCCGCGCCGUACGAGCAGUCCCCGCAGUGCCCGCUCACCUUCGCGCCCGCCAACGCGUCCCUCGACCACGACGACCACCGGCCGGCCAGCCGCCGCCGGCUGCGGCACCAGCACUUUUGCCGGUCGGGCGCGUGGCAGGUCAGCUCGCCGUAUGGCUCAGAGACGGUGGCGGACCCGUGCCGCAACGCCUUCCUCGUCCGCGUCGUGCGCACCCUCUGCCACGCCCGCCUGGCCAACGGGAAGUGGGACGAGAGGUGCCGCUCGCGCAAGCUCGGCCCCGGCCGCCGCCUGAGCGAGGUGGACACCUCGGGCGGCCUGCAGCCCAUCGAUGUCGCCGCGCUGCCGGGCGUGGCGGCGGAGGUGAUGUGCUCGCGCCUCGAGGUGCGGCUGACGACGGUGGAGGAGGAGGAGGGUGGCGGCGGGGGGAAGGAGGGUGAGGACGGCGGCGAUGGCGGCUCAGGCGCGGGCCAGCGGCUCGCCACCGCGCUCGAAGUGGACACAACCACGACAAGCGUUGUGGCCGAGCGCUCUGCGCCUUCAGUGGGCGACUUCACCGCCACGGCGCUCGCCUCCGCCGGCGUCGACGACGCCACCUUCGAGCUCACCCAGACGGACGACGUCCUCGUCACCGCCGGGGUUGGGGAGGUGGCGUCGGCCGAGGCGCUGCUCGCGGACGUGCAGGCGCUGCUCGGCGACGCGGAGGGAGUGGUCAGCGUCGCGGGCCUCGAGGAGCUGUUUGUCGACCCGGACGAGGGCGGCGCUGGCGGCCAGGCCGCGCCGUACGAGCAGUCCCCGCAGUGCCCGCUCACCUUUGCCCUGGAGGAGAGAUCUCCGCCUCCUGCCGCGCCGCCAUCGCCGGGGCAACCAAAGGAGCCGUCAAUAUCACCUGGGUACUGCACCAGCUGUGACGGCGUGCUCGGCACACCAGGCGCGUGCUGCAAGCAAUGGGACAGCAGCGAUCCGGAGGAAUGCAAACAGGAGGGAACCGUCUUCCUUCACAUCGGUUUCCACGAAUGCGUGCUGGUCUUGGACAGCCGCCUUGCUGAUCCGCAGCCCGCUUGCAGCCUCUUCCUCACUGGCAAAUUCGCGGGACGGAAAGCGGUCCUGGGAGGUUGCAGCAACGUCAUGCUGCAGGCGGGAGAAAAGUGCUCGGAUUUUGCGAUGCGCGCUCGGAGUUGUGGCGACAGCAAGUGCGCCUCUUGA